AUCCUCAUCAGUACCACCAGAGCCCCGGAGCUUCCCACAGACCGGCCCUUCAUUCCCUCUCAAAGCGAGCGGCAGCCUCCAGCUUCUCCGUCCCGUCAUGAAACAGACUCUGAGCGAACUGAUGAGGAUGAGCAGGAUAUGCCGGAUGGUAUUUGCCACCUGUUUGGGAUCCUUUAUUCUGGUCAUCUUUUAUUUCCAAAGUAUGUUCCAACCAGUCAUGCGGAGGAAUCACUUCGUGGUGGAUGGCUGCUGUAGGAAAGGCUCCCGCAAUGCCCUGCAGGAGCUUUACAACCCCACACAGCCGGAGUUGUCUGGGGCAGCCAUCCUCCACCAGGCCAGGAGGGAUCAGGUAGUGGAUGCUUGUCGAAUCUACAGCGCAUCCAGCCGUAAGCGCAGAGUCCUGACGCCCGGAGACCUCAAACAUCUUGUUGUGGACGAGGACCAUGAACUCAUCUACUGCUAUGUCCCCAAGGUGGCCUGUACCAACUGGAAACGUGUCAUGAUGGUGCUCACUGGACGGGGCAAGUACAGUGACCCAAUGGAAAUCCCUUCCAAUGAAGCCCACAUUCCCUCCAACCUGAAAAUGCUGAACCAGUACAGUAUUCCUGAGAUCAAUCACCGCCUCAAGAACUACCUCAAGUUCCUCUUUGUUCGUGAACCCUUUGAGAGGCUGGUCUCUGCAUACCGUAACAAGUUCACCCUCAAGUACAACUCGUCCUUUCACAAGCGCUUUGGUACCCGUAUCAUCCGACGCUACCGGAAGAAUGCCACCCAAGAUGCCCUGCUCAAUGGCGCUGAUGUCAAAUUCAAAGAAUUUACUGAGUACCUGGUGGACCCAGCCACACAGCGUGAAGGUCCACUAAACGAGCACUGGCAAACGGUCUAUCAGCUUUGCCACCCAUGUCACAUCCACUACGACCUUGUUGGCAAGUAUGAGACGCUGGAAGACGACGCCAACUAUGUGCUGCGACUGGUGGGUGUUGGCGACUCGUUGCGCUUCCCAAGCUAUGCCAAGUCCACUCGUACCACAGAUGCCAUGACAGCCCAGUUCUUCAGCAAUAUCAGCACUGAGCAACAGGCCCAACUCUAUCAGCUUUACAAGUUUGAUUUCCUCAUGUUCAACUACUCCACACCCAGUUACCUCCGGCUGGAUUAAUUUAGGACAGAGCUGGGACUCUGAGAAUGUUGUCUGCCUUGUUUAGGGAGAGGCAACAAAAUAAGUGAUGGGCGGAAUUUUUUGGAAGCAAUCAUGAUUUUAAAAAAUGAACACAGGCACUGAAAGAAAGAAAGGUAAUGUGGGUUUGUCUGGGCAUAAGGGGGAGGAUGUCCAGGCAACUAUGGGUGUUACAGAGACCUCUGAUUGGAUGAGAAUUUGGGCUAAAUGAACCAAACGCAUGCAAAGACUAAAAUGUGUGGGUGAAGCAGGUCUUCAAGGUGUUUUAAAAAGGUGAACUUACUGUCAGAGGACAGAGUUGAAGAAGGAUGCUCUGAUGAUGUUCCCUACAUGUUUAAAAAAAACUGCUGACAAAUUAGGCUGCUUCAGAUUCUACAAAUCAAACAGCAGCCUUGCACGCGCCCUGACCCCAAUGCAUCAUGGGAGCUAAGCUUAUCUCCCCCUCCCCCCGAUCAAUAGAGAAUCUCCGCCAAAUUGUAAAACACUAUUCACGUCUUUCUGCGCUGUCAGUGCGGUGUGUUAGCGCCCAUCACCCUUUCCCUCAUUAGAUUUAUACAUUUCAGAGGGAAACUGGCUCAUCACAGCCUCAAGGAUGCCCUGUAAUAGAUGGCUACUGACUUCACUCUCAAGACCUCUACAACUGUAAAUGUGGCAACCUUCAGCAAAAACAAUUUUAAUGAAACAAGUUGUCACUGGUCAUCUGUCACCAUGAUGUUGGCAAAAGAAGGUUCCUGUGAAUAGAGACUCCUGUUGCAGCAGUGUGGAAGUGCUUAAUGAAUCAUUGCCUGUAACACCAAGCAUCCUUAAUACUUUGAGCUACAGGACAUGGUGAGAAAGGUACAGGAUGCUCUCAUGCGAGUGCUGUGCGAGUGCACCACACUGUCUGUGUGGUGGCAAAAGGGUUGAAGGCAUUGGAUCUCAUAACCAUGCCCUGCCCUGUCCCACUAUGCCCCACCCAGGGGCUAAGUGGACACACCCAGGGUCACACCCACAAAGCUCCUACUAUGGUGACCAAACGUAUUUCAGUAAAUUAAGAUUAAAAUUAAGAUUGUUUGUCUUCUUGCUUAUGUUUGAUUUUAUUAUCUAUGAAGCAUUGCUGCGAGCAGCAAUAACAAAAGAAUAUUUAAUUUGCUUUGUUGAUUAAAGAUAGAAAGAUUUCAUUUUUUCCAGGGCUGAUGAACAUUUUAGGAAGUUUUUAAAAUUGUUGUCAGGAGUUUUGUUUUGUCAUGUUCUCUUUCACAACUUCCGAUUCAUUAUUAAUACAUCAAAGCAUUUUGAAUUCUAAAGGUCGUACGGUACAUUUCAGCCCAUGGCCUUGUCCUUCUGUGUCUGAGAUCAUCAGAGAUUCGUGGGUUAGUUUCCAUCUCCUGUUGUCAAACAUUUGGCUCCAAAAUCCCUGAAAGCUCCAGAAAUCCAAACUCAGUGUUCAGUGCACAUCAUUGCAGCGCUACCCAACCACCCCCAACCAGAACAUGAGAACUUGCUGCUGCUCUCAGUGUGCAUAUCAACAAUCUACUGCCCGCAUCACAGAAACAGAGACCGUAUCUCAUACUGUAAUGUGAUUAAUGUUAGCGAUGUUAAGCAAUGUCAAGGUUAAUAACUGCAUUCUCCAUCACGCUGUGAAUUGGAUUACAGGCUGUUGUGGAAGCAUUAUACAGGAGGGGGGGAGAGAGAGAGAGUCAUUUUGUUUUUUUACACCCCUUUGUAAAUUCCAAACCUCUUGAGCUUCAGAGUGAAAGAGACUUUUUUUUUUGCAAUUCUUUGUUACCCCGUUGUGCAAUAAUUAAUAACUGAAGUUUCUCCUUUAAAGUGGCAUCAAAAUUGAUAAUCUAUAGGUAAACUGUACAUAACAUGACAAUACGUUCUACAAUUCCAGAUCCAAGUAACCGUAAAGCUCUAGUGGUCACCACACAGCAUUAAAGUGAAGCUGGUGAGCGAAAUGGCAAAUAGUGUGUGAUGAUCAAAUCUUAGAUCAUGAACAGAUAUUUCGUUGGGGGGACAGGCUGGUGAAUGUUUGAGCUGCAAACUUCUUUUAGCUUUUGAAGUAUUAAUGCUGUGUUUGUGUGUGGCUCUGUGUGUAGGUUAUAAUGAGAGAACAGCCUUAUUUUUUACCUUCUUUUUUUUUUUUUUUACCCACACACAGACAUGUGGCUCUUAUAAAAGAGUAAAAGCUACUGGCCUGGCUUAGAGCCCCGGUCGUCGUCCCCCAGCAGAAACAAUAGCUGUAUUCUCAGCACGGCCACCUCCUGGGGGAGACGCACAAAAAUACACACACUCAACUUGCACAUUAGUGUUCCUGCUGAUGUUGAUGCCACGCAGCAUCUUACUCAGCAGUUGUAGAGCAGAGGCACGGGUGGGCAACACCUCUUCACUUUAACACACUGACUGAGCCUCAGCUUAAACUGCUCAUUUAACCCCCAGAAUGGAAGACGAGCGAUACACAAAGGACCUCUUAGCCUGCAAACAAGCCAUUACAGAGGCCUCUCUUCUCCUCGCUCUAUUUGCUUCUCUCCCACCUCACUGUAAAAGUGGCCUCCUGCAGAAAAAAACAACCAAAAAAACCCAACAAAAAACAAAAAAGAAAAACAAAAGUCAGUGUCAAUGAUCCAGGAAAAGGGUGGCCUGCCUAAGCUAACACAGCUGCUAAAAAAAUCCCCACGGGUAACCUAGUGUACGAUUUUCUGCCUCGGACAAAAAUAAACAACCACAUUGUGAGCGUUUAUCCCUAUUCUUAACUCUUCCAUCUGCGUAAAUCUGUUCACUGCCGGGUGUUCACUCCUACUACUGCAGGAGUGUUUAUAUUCAAGCAAAACCAACAGAUAUAUUUAUGUUGUUUUUGAACGAUGUCUAUUGGUAGACUGAAUAACACAUUUGCUGUUUUUGCUAAGAUUUUCAUCCAAGGAGCGGAUGAUGAGAUUUGUGCGUAUAUCUUUAUUUUGUUAUUUAUGUGCAAAUUAAUACAUUUUUUUUAAAAUAUAUAAUGUCGUAUCAUCAAUCAGUUAAAGGGAUAGUUCGACAAUUUGGGAAAUAUGCUUAUAACACUUGGUUACACAAUUGGUUAGAAGAUUAACACCGCUCUCAUAUCUUUUAAAUAUGGAGCUGGUUAGCCUAGCUUAGCAUGAAGACUCAAAACAGUGGGAAGUAGCCAGCCUAGCUCUGACCAAAGGUAAAAAAAAAAAAAAAAAAAAAAACAAGGCUAAGAGUCAACAACCAUGCUAGCUCUAUGAGGUUGUGCUUAUCCACAGCAGAGCUUUAAGUUAAAUGCUAGCAUCAGGAUGCUAAAUUGCUCACAAUGGCAAUGCUAAACUGCUCAUACGUAGCAGGUAAAAUGUUUAUCCACAUGCUAACAUUUGUUAAUACAGUUUUAUAAUAAUACAAUUUCUAUAUUAAAUCUCAUGAUAUUCAAUCAAUAUAUAUGUUUAUAUGUCAGUCUGGACUAAAGUCAUUCAACUGACCACAUCACUAGUGUGGCUGAAAACCUGUCUACUAGCACAUCUAACGUUCACUAAUUCCCAUUAUAUUUUGUUAUUGUGAGCUGUUUCCCUUGUAUCCAGUCUUUAUGUUAAAGUCAGAAAGGUAUAUUCCCAAACUGUCCAACUGCUCCUUUUUAAAGGGCAGAAGAUGUGGAGAAUAAACAAAAACAUAUCUGUAGUUUUGGGCUUUUUAUUUUUGGUUCCUUAUUGGACACCAAAAACGUAAUAUUUCAGAAUAUUUCAGCAUCUCGCAUACAGCAGUCAGCACAGAGGGACAAAGCCGGGAACCUUUAGUCAACUUUUGCUCAUCUCUUAUGUACAGUCCCGACGCAGGAUGUUUUUGCACAUUGUGGACAUGAUGUCAUUCAUACUGCUGUUGUUCUCGAGCUGUCAUGUGUGGAUGUUGGAUCGAUUAAUUACUCUGAUUUCCUCACAUACACACACACACACACACACACACACACACACACACACACACACACACACACACACACACACACACAUUAUAUCUGUGUGGCGCUCUUGUUGCUCUGUGCCUUUCAUUCACAUCAACACAGAGACACUGAAAAGAUUCGGAGCUCCUUCUCUCUGUGGUCACCUGGGCCUUCCUCUAUGACAUGAACACAUCCACACUCGAUGAGACUAUUCACGUCAUCCCACAGCUCCACACACUCUGCUGAUGUAAAUUAUCAUAAAGUAGUUGGGACCAUGAGUGAAAAGAUUGUCUGCUUACCAGCUGUUAUACUGGACUGGACUUCAUUAAAAUGAACAUCAAGCUGUUUUUGGCGAUUCAACAACAGAGAGACGAGACGAGCAUCAACACACACACCGCACCAUGGGAGCAUCCAAGCUCAGUUUCAAAUUGAGGAAAACAAAAUACAACAUAUAUAGUAAUGCCAGUAAGGAUGUGUUUUUUUUUUUUUACUUGAAAAGAAUUUAAUUCACACAGUGUUACCUGUACUAAGAGCAUUAUCACACAGGGAAACACCUGCAGAGGCCCAUGUGACUGCAUCGAGACACACAGAGAAGAGGAAAGCUCCUGGGGCUCUCAGCUCACAUUCACACCAGUGUGGAUACAUUUGAAACUCAGAUAAAAACACUUUCAUCUUUUACUCAAAAUGGAGCUUCUCAAAAAAUGCUUUUUGUGAUAUUAUCACAUGAUUUUUUUUUCUUUUUUUUGCUCUGUAAACAGCAAAAAAACAUUUUGGUAGAAGUCAUUUAAAGAAGCUUGCUUAAAAUAUUUCAUUUUAUACAACUUGGGCUUAUUUCCCAAAUUUGGUCAUCAUUUAUUUCAAUUACAUGGACGCUUUACCCACCAAAGCACCUGCUAGGAUCUGGGAACAAAAUUACAAUGCUGCAAUUUCACUAAUAAUCCGUUAUUAUAGACAAAGAUCUGUGUGUGCACAACUAUAGCAAACACUGUGGAUCAAAGUGGAACCUGAAAGUUGAUCUGUAACAGUUUGGUUCCCAAACUCAGCACUUUGUAGACGGGGUUAAGAAUAGGGAUGUCAUCUUUCUAAAAAGCUAGCUAGCUACCUGGAACUUCCAUGGAAAAUACUGACAGAAAAGCAUACGUGACAGUGACACACCUGCAUGGAUUGACUACCAGAUAUGAUUGAUCCUCUGAGUGCUCGUGUUUGUUGCCCCAUUAGAUUCUGUUGUAGCCAUGUUAUUGACUUCCUGGGUGUUAGCAGUUACUGUGGAAGGGUACAAUGUUAAUCAUAACCAAUUAAACAAUGGACAAAAGCACAAAAAUAUGAUCCAAAAUGUAACAGAGUGAAACAAUCCUCUUACUUUAUAGAAUUUGGAAAGGUUCAUUGUUGUUUACAGAGCAAAUGUGAAGAGGAAAACAUUUAAGUAAUUCUCCUUGAUGAAUUAGCGUGGGUGGAAGGUUUAUCACAUUUCAGCAGCACUUCAGUCAAAUUUGUCCAAAUUAGUGUGGCUAGUGUUCCUCUGUGGGCCGGCCAGGUUUCAUGUGUCUCUGUGUUGCCCUGACAUCUUGUCCUCCUUCAGUGAGCGGAGGUCACACACUCUCUGAUCUCUUGAGUGUUUCCAGCAGCUUCAUGUCCUGCCAGAUGGUGUGAAUGUCGUGCUGGAAUCUGUACAGUAAUGUGUGUGUGUGUGUGUGUGUGUGUGACUUUUGGAGGAAUGAGUCCCAGAUCAGCCGUGUCUGUUUGUGAAUUCAUACCAUGUCGUCAGCAUUGUGCGUAUCGGAGUGCCUCAUACAGUAACUAGGAGUGAAGUGGCUGAAUAAUGGCUACAUGAGUGUGUGUAGGUGGUUUUGGUGCGUGUGUGUGUGUGUGCAUGUGAGUGUGUAUAUGUAUGGACACUCUGUGCUGUACCCACUCUGCCUUAGAGGGAACGUCUCCGAGGAAGGCGAGACUCUCAUUCAAACAGGCGUCAUUUAUUUAUUUAUUUAUUCUCAGACAACUACCCCCAUACUAAUUCCUUGCUAUCACCAUGGCAACACACUUAAACUCUCUGUAUUUCUUGUUUUCUCCUGGGACAGCCUCUCACUGUUCUGCUUUACUCUGUUCACUUUCAGACACACUCUGUGAAAUCAUGAAUAAUUGAGUGUGUACUGUACACUGAGUGUGGGAGAGUGGUGUCGAUCCUACAGCAGCACGACCUGCGGUUCAUCUGUCUGAUGUUUUCAAAAUAAAAUAACACUGAAACUC